GCUGGACCCAGUUGCAGAACCAUGCCAGAUUGCAACCGUGUGGGUAAAAGGACCAAACCUGAACCUGUUUUUUAGUUGUGGAUUGGAAUUUGUUCCAGUUCAUCCAAAAUAGGACCACAACUGACCGAUUCUGGUUCCUUUUUCUGUUUUGGAAAUAGGUCAAAAACCCAGAACUAAUUUACCCGGUUAGGGUUCUGGUUCCUCCCUUACCCAUACCAGGAAGCGGGCUGGGUCAAGCCUUAGCCGUGCACCAAAAGGGAAAAAGAUGAAUGCCAAUGAUAAAAUGGAAAUGACCUAAUGUCCCAGGACUAGAAGUGGAAGUUGCAAUUAAUUCAUUCCAUCAAAUAUAAUACUGCUUUUUAUUUUUUCCAGUCAGAUGUGUCCACUAGAACCUCAACUACCUAUCUUAAUUGCAUUAAUAAUCAUCAAGACAGAAGUAAGGAAAGAGGUACGAAUAUUCUCUCUUCUAAAUAUGCAUCUCUUGGACAUGGAACACACGCUCAUCAUUCCCGUAGUGUAUCUUAUCCUUCAACUUACACAAAUAUAAAAAUUCUUGAAGUUCCCAACAAGAGUGAAGGUAAUCCUGGGGCACCAAUUUCUGAAAGUUUCAUCAUGGGGCAUAAAAGUGAAGGACAGGUGCAGGAAACCAUUCCUACAAUGAGCAAACUAGAAGCUAUCAACUUAAGAGAGUCAUUCUUAGAAGAUAAUAACAAAACUCUCAAGUAUGAUGCUAGUGAUCCAAAUGCAUCAUGGUCCUUGCCGGUUCUUCCCAGUGCCGGUUUACAUAAAGAUUUAGAUAAGAACUCAUUCCACUCUAAUGAUUUGGACACAAAUCAGACUCCUUUAAGCUACUACUAUGCUGGAUGUGAGCUAUAUGAAGCAUUAGGACCUGCUUUUCAAAAGGGUAGAAUUGCCAAUCUCUGGGAAUCAGAAAAUGCCGAAACGGGUGAUAGCAGUCUGUUACUGAGUGAGAGCAAGACAGAUCAACUCUUGGAAGCAGUGGUGGGAAAUCUUAGUUGUUGGCAAGAGAGUGAUGCUAGAUCUGUUGAAAAGGCAGAACCUUGCAGCAGUGAUAAGGGCACAAUAAGUUCCGCGGUAUAUUCGUCCAACUCGUCAGGGGCGUAUCUGGAAAGACAACAAGAAACAAUUAGAAGAACUAGUAAACGGAGGGCUAAACCUGGCGAGAGUUGUCGGCCUAGGCCAAGAGAUAGACAACUUAUUCAAGAACGCAUUAAGGAGUUGCGGGACCUGGUGCCUAAUGGUUCAAAGUGCAGUAUCGAUUCACUUCUGGAGCGGGCGAUUAAGCAUGUGCUUUACAUGCAAAGUGUUACGGAGCAUGAUGAAAUGCUAGAUAAAUGUACUGUAUCAAAGUGGCUGCUUGAGAAGGAAUCAGUUACCCACAAAGGGUCUUCGUGUAAGGAGGAGCAAGGUUCAAGUUGGGCAGUGGAAGUGGGGAGUAGUAACUUGAGAGUUUGCCCUAUAAUGGUAGAAAAUCUUAACACAAAUGGUCACAUGCUAGUUGAGAUGCUAUUGAAAGACUGCAGCCACUUUCUUGAGAUCGCCGAGGCCAUCAGGAGCUUGGAACUUGCUAUACUGAAAGGAGUAGCAGAGUCUUAUGGCGAGAAGACACUCAUGCGCUUUGUGGUUGAGGGGCAGGAAAAUCAAAUAGUACAUCGCAUGGAUGUAUUAUGGUCAUUGAUGCAGCUAUUACCACCUGAUGUCAAUGUGUGACAGAGUGGAAGGGGAAGUGAGGAUAGGGCUGGACCAUAAAGGCUACUUUAUGGUUUCCUGUUUCUAUUUAUUAUAGUUCUGUACUUCUGUUCAGUAUUCAUAUAUUUGAUUGUGUGAAUAUGGUUCCUUUCCAUGCUUUGCAAUUAUAUUUCUCUUGUAAAUUGAAUUAUUUGUUCUCGCUGUUGUACCUAUGAGUUUGAAGUUCACGUUCCUGAACAGGCAUGUUGAAAAUAGUUUAAAAUGUUCAUGUUUAAACACGCCAUUAAUCCUGGACAAUGCACUAGAAUUGCUUCAUUUAAGGUCUAAACUCUAAAUCAUGUUAUUUAUGACUUAGGCACUAGGCCUAUGUUUGAAGCUUCAUUAUCAAAUUUGUGAUGGAAAUAGACAUGCUCCAUAUGACGCUUUCAUUUAAUAAAAGGAAAGCAAUCCUCUUAAAAAUAAAUCCUUAUUUGUCACUAGGGUUGGAUUCGGUUCGGGCCACCCGGCCCGUGACCCGGCCCGGCCCGGUACUGUGCGGGUCCGGGACCGGCCCGGUCGGGCGGUCCGGGACCGGCCCGGUCGGGCGGUCCGGGACCGGCCCGGUCGGGCGGUCCGGGACCGGGUAUGGACCCAAACCGGUGGGAAUGGGCGGGGCGGGCUCGGUGCUGGAUUAAUGUGACCCGGCCCGACCGGGUCGGGCCCGGUCUUAAUUUAA